AUGCUACUGGUAGUUAAAAAGGACACCAGAGUCUUCAGUGGGGGAUGUUUUAGGGUACUUAAAAGAUGCAGUUUUCUCUUAUUGUCAGAAAAGCCUACAACUUUCACAAUCACUGUCACAUCUGAAGCAGGGGAAAAUGAUGAAACUGUUCAGACUACUCUUAAAUUUACAUAUAGAGAAAAAUAUCCUGAUGAAACUCCACUUUACGAAAUAGUCUCCCAGGAGAAUCUUGAAGAUAAUGAUGUCACGGAUAUAAUAAAACUACUAGAACAACAGGCAGAAGAGAAUUUGGGAAUGGUAAUGAUCUUCACUCUAGUCUCUGCAGUACAGGAGAAAUUAAAUGAAACAGUGGAUCAAAUGAAAACACGAAGAGAAGAGGAAAAGAAACAGAAAGAACUAGAAGCAGAAGAAGAAGAAAAACAACGAUUUCAUGGCACUCCUGUUACAAUAGAGAAUUUCCUAAAUUGGAAAGCAAAAUUUGAUGCAGAACUUCUAGAAAUAAAAAGGAAAAAAAUGAAAGAAGAAGAACAAGCUGGCAAAAAUAAAUUAAGUGGAAAACAGCUAUUUGAAAUGGAUCACAAUCUUGACACAUCUGACAUCCAGUUCUUGGAAGAAGCUGGAAACAGUGUGGAGGUUGAUGAAUCUUUAUUCCAAGAAAUGGAUGAUUUAGAGUUGGAAGAUGAAGAGGAUGACCCUGACUACAACCCUGUUAAUUUAGAUAGUGAUUAGACUUUUUUUGAACUGGAUGUGUCAUUGGUAUGGACAUACGUAAAGAAGAGAGGCAGGCAGCAAAGCCACAGCAUCUGUGGUUGUACCUUGAGUGCAUUGCAUUUCUUUCUUUUCUUUUUUUUCAAAGGAAAAAUAUUUUAAAUGCAGGAGAAUGGUCUUCUGAUGACUUUCAUCAUAAAUAAAUUGACUCUAAUAUUUCAAAUGAAAAAAUCGAAGUAUGUUGAUCUGUCUGAAAAUACACACUUCUAUUUCCUCUUUA